CUCCACUGUCUUCUCUUCUUCUUCAGCUUCAAUUUGCAUCGCCUGGGCAACAACUACACUACUCUUCAAAAACCCUAGAUGGCUAUGGAAGAAGAAUCUUCAGUUUCUGUAGAUUCUCACACUGCAUCUCUCGCCUUCAAUCUCGACCGUCCAUUGGAAUCCUCUUCUUCUAAUACCAGCAAACUUAACGCUCAAGCUCCUGCUUUCCUUCCUAGAACCUCUUCUGGACGCGUCUAUGCUACUCGUGCUGCUCCGCUUCAUCAGAUCACAACUCAUGUUGCGAUACAGAAUCAGUUCCUUUAUGCCCCUCAAAUGCCACUACAGUCUCCUCAGUCGCCUUACUAUGGCGGUGGUGGUGGCGUUGCUCGAAGAUUUGUUGAUCAAGAGGUUGCUGCUGCUGCUACUGCUGAUGCCGAUAAUUCAGCUAAGAAUGGUGGGUUAACUGAAGAAGCUGCUCAGAAAGUCGUUAAUCAGGUGGAAUUCUAUUUCAGCGAUCUAAAUUUGGCAACGACUGAAAAUUUGAUAAGGCAUAUGAUCAAGGAUCCCGAGGGGUAUGUACCAAUAUCAGUGGUUGCGUCAUUCAAGAAGAUUAAAGCUCUAAUAGGUAGUCAUGCUCAGCUUGCCGAAGUUCUGCGCAGCUCAAUAAAUCUUGUAGUUAGUGAAGAUGGAAAGAAAGUUAAACGGCAAAAUCCUCUGACUGAAGCUGCCCUAGAGGAGUUGCAGUCUCGCAUAGUGGUUGCUGAGAAUUUGCCUGAGGACCACUGCCACCAGAACCUCAUGAAGAUUUUUUCAGCAGUUGGAAGGGUAAAAAUGAUACGGACCUGCCACCCUCAGCCUUCAAAUGGUGGGGCUUCUUCAGCAUCUAGAUCAGCAAAAUCAGACAGCACAAUGUAUAGUAACAAGUUGCACGCAUUUGUGGAGUACGACGCUGUAGAAUUGGCUGAGAAGGCGGUUCUUGAGCUAAAUGACGUGGAUAAUUGGCGAAAUGGUCUAAAAGUCCAUCUGCUGCUUAGACGCACAGCCAAAUCUGGUCAAGCCCGAGUGAAGAAGGUUGGUCAUGAAAGUGAUCCGAACUCCAAAGAAGAUGAUGAUGUUGCAUUUGAACUCAAUGAGAAACAUGAUGGAGACUCCUCCCACCAUGUUGAUGUGCAGUCCAAUGACGUUGCAGAGGAGCAUGGCCGCGUUGGGAAGAAGAAAGGGAACAAUCGUGGUCGGGGUAAGGUACAGGGGCAAGGACCAGGACAGACGAGGGGUCGGGGUCGUGAAACUCCCCAGUUUCGACAAACCAAUCGUGGAGGGCGUACAGGGGGUUCUGUAACAAAAGUGAAUACUGGAAGUAGUGUGGCUAGUGCCCCCUCGAGUACCGGUGGUGUUAAUGUCACAGGCCAGCCUGCAGUAGUUGCUGACCAGUCAGCUGGCAAGCAAUCUUCUGUGCCUCGCAUGCCAGAUGGCACUAAGGGAUUCUCCAUGGGUCGAGGGAAACCAAUUGCUAUUAGAACUGAGUGAUGAUGUUCUAGUUUCGUGAAAAGAGUCUCUGUUCAUGCAAACAUUUCCCAAGUAUAGAGAGGGCAAUGUUUCUUCUUUCUUUGCGGUAUUGAUGGCAGAGUUUUGAAGACUGCCGUCAAAUCAGUGAAGAUGAUACAUCCAUCGAUUUAGCAGCAAGAGUCAAGACUCAAGAAGUUAUCUGUUGUUUGUUGUUAAACCAAAGAGCCUGUGCUGUGAUUUAGUUUUGGAACACUGAACCUAGAAUUAACAUAAAGCAAUACAAAAUUGGUAAAA